AUGUUGGAAAACAGUACAAAAUUGGCUACAUUACCUUUUUCGUCACCGCCAGCUCGAACACGAACUGUUGUUAGCACGAUAUACAUAGCUGUCGAUAUUGCUGGUGUUGGCACGAUACAUCCGUUAGCAAUCGAUUUAAUCACCAAUGGUUUAUACAACGUUCAAAUGGUAGACAAAAUGAGAAUGCUUCAUCGAAAGAUCGACGUACACGAAGGCAAUCAGAAGAAGAUGAACUCGAGUAAAUAG